AUGGAAACUAAAAUUAUUAAGAAGAAAAUAAAAAGAGAAAAACCCAACAAAAAAUGGACUUUGGAAGAAGUUAACACCAUACUGAACUAUUUGAUGGAUUCCCAAGAAAUUGAGAAACCUACAGCACAAAUUUUUUAUAAAAAACUCAUCGAAAAGACUGGUAUCAACGCUACAUGGGAGCUAAUUCGAUGGAAGGUUCGACAUUUGAAGUCGACUUACAAGGACGCUUCGGAUUGGCGCAGCUCAACCGGUGCUGGACUCCUGGAAAUCGACGCUGGGGCUAAUAGUGUUGAAGGUAAAAUAUUUUUAACAGAUUCAUAUUUAUGUACAUUAAAAAAAUCUACAUUUCAGGGAAAGUAUUACAAAUUUGCCCACACUAUCAUAAGCUUCAUCAAAUUUUUGGCGCAAAAUGUACGCAGAAUGCGUAUGAAGUUAUCGAUUCAGGUGAAAUAAACGAAGCUGAUGUGGAAGU